AUGGUGUCCACCAUGAUGGCAAGCGACAUCCCGAAGCCCAAGACAGGAGUUGACCCCUUUGACAAUGCCCUUUCAGUUCCGGCCAUUUUCGGGGAAACAGCCAAAGGUCGUGCAUUGAUUGAAGCGAUGUGGUCAACCUACCAGCAACAGGUGGGCGACAAACAGCGAAUCCGAUUCUUUGCUGACUCAUCGAACCAAAGACGAAACAUAGCUCGUCACCCACUGAACGCUCGCCAACAGUCGGGCGUGAAGCAACAAUAUGUGGCGAGUUGCAAAAGCAGGGGUAUUCUCGAAGGGUUACGCGGAGAACCCUGGUUGGUGUCACCUGCGCCAAAUGAGAUGGGAGAGAAGAAUGGGCCUUUUUUGGCUCUAUCCUUCGCGAGCUUAGCAGAAUCUUUUUUUGCGGCGUUGGCUGAUGAACCUGAGAACAUCAAUCUCAAGUUGAGCCUGAGCAAAGGACUCGAGGCCAGGAUCCUCCACCACCGGACACCGCAAUCAGUGCUCAAGUUCUUGAUCCACUAUCACAAUUCUUUUCACGCUGGGUCGGCCACAUCGUUCAUCGAACACAUGUGGCUCGUGCCAGACGUACCAUUGCUGGAGGACAACGCUGAAGAUACAUGGGUCUUUGAUUCUUUGUCCAAGCGGCCACUCAUGUCGAGACUCUUCACAACGAUGACCGGAUCUGUUGUGACGUGCGGCGACACAUCACAAACCAAACGUGGCCGUGGUGGGCGAGGAGACAAAGAGAACGGGCAGCCAAAGAAGAGGGCAAAGGCGAAGGCACGUGGCAGUGGUGGAAGUGAUCCAAAUGCCCCACCAUCGAUCAAUCUACCGGAAGAGGAAGAUGUCAAGGCUACCGUGGUGACUUGCAAAGUGGGGGUCCGCUCGAAGCUAUGGGUGGAUGAUAUGCUGUCAUGUUGCAACCACAUCAUCAACCACCUUUCGAAACUGUGUGGUCAGGCCACAAACUUGCAGGAUCUCAAGAGUGUCAUGAUUCGCCAGUGCAUGCUCUUCUGCUUCACCGGCAGUGUCAGACUGACUACAUCACGUGGAACCAAGGUGUACAAGAAAUGGUCGGUGUUGCGACCCGUGCUGAAAGAGUUUGCCACGUGGCAUCUGUUGCAGGAAAUGAAGGGCUUGAUGGAAUCUGCCCUGAGGGCCGAUGCAGCUGCUGGUUCAGUCUCUGGUCUUCAGCAUCUUGAGGCAGCAGUGUCGCUGCACACGGAGGAGAUUUUUGACGAGAGUAAGAUGACGAAGCAGGACAAGUUGAAGACAUGGUUGCCAGCCAUCAAGGAGUGGAUCGAUGGUGAGACUUCAAAUCCUCUCCAGAGCACAGAUCCGUUCAAGGUUGUUCACCAUGCAACUUUUGGCAAGAUCAAGGCUGCGAUCAGCUAUCAGUCCUGUACUUGCUCCACUGGUUCCAAAGAUGGGUUAGCUUUGUCAAACUCAUCAUCAUGCUCUCUUCAUGCUUCCACCGUCAACCUUUCAGAUCUGGUUUGGGAAGUGACGCGACACGUACACGAGAUCUUCGGUGACCAGUUCAUGGCAUUUGCAAACUUGUUUGCACAUGAGACUUCUGCAGGAUGGCAAGUUCCCAAAGAAGUAUUUGAAGGUGAACCAGAUGACUUCUCUUUGUCUGCAGCUGAUGCCACCACAUUGAUGAAUGUGCGCGCCCAGUAUGUCGUGCAGCUCCUCAUUUCCCUGGUGAGUCACACAUCCGAGAACUUGAAAAGCUUGUUCAACGCCUUGAUCAUACCAGCCACCUUGGAGUUACUAUCAAACCUGGACAGUUGCUUGAUGUCAAGUGAGCUCAUGUGCAGUGGAUGGACUGCGGCCCUCACAGAUCUAGCUACACGGUCUGACUUUGAUGUCAAAUCGAUACUGACGACUCUUGGUGUGAAGCCUGUGAACAGCUUUGGCAAGAAGGUGCUUGGUGACGGAGCUCGAUCUGCUGACGGUGUCAACACAGAAGAUGAUGCAGAUCAGGGGGCUGACAACCCAAGACUCUUCUCAUGGAAUGAGUUGCUGACAUUUGGAUGCUCUCCAGAUGUCAUUUCCAGUGAUCGAUUGCUUUCUCUGCAGCUGCACAUGCAGAGCGUUCUUUUGAAGUGGGCUUGUGACAUGGCGAGCGCGUGGGCCAAACGCCUACAUGUGAAGAUGCCACCAGCAUCCGAAUCAGCGACGGGUUCAAAAAAGGGAUCGCCAAGUGCUCUUGGAGGGUGCAAGCCGACAGUGUUGCUGGAACUUACCGACACAGAAGCUUUGGAGAACAUCGUGCCCAUUGCCAAGAAGACGACCAUUGACUAUGUUCGGAUUCCGAAGGACUUCAAAGUGGCGUUCUUUGGGACAGUUUGUGCCAUGAUAUUGCUUCAGCGAUUUCUUAUUUUUUGGGAGUUUGUUUGUAGUUUGUGA